GGAUGCGCAGGGCUGCAAACUGUCGCGCUCCUCCGUCUCCAAGUGAACUGAGUUUUGCUUGCUCCGAGAUUGAUUGUGUACACCGGAUAAGAGGAGCCCAGGAAAAAUAUGUCAAAAGUGGACCAGGACCCGAACGCUUCGCUUAGCAUCAUGGAGCAAAUCAAGCAGCUCAUCCGGCCGCCGCCCAACGAGGACGAGAAGCUGGUGCAGCGGAGCACCAAUACGAAGCAUCCGUACUACAGGCGACCGGGAAGAGGUCACAACCACGACUAUUGUGACGCCUGCGAGGAGGGCGGCAAUCUGCUGUGCUGCGACCGUUGCCCCUCCAGCUUCCAUCUGCAGUGCCAUGAUCCGCCGCUGAGCGAGGAGGACAUACCCAGUGGCCAGUGGCUGUGCCAUAGCUGUCGCAUGGCCAAGGUCUCCCAGCCGCCGGCUUCGUCCUCGAAGGCCAGCUCCGUGGAGCGGGUGCCAUCGGCGGGCAGUGGCUCCAGAGCCAAUACCCCCUCUUCCGGCGAUCUGGAGUCCAUACCGCUGAAGAUCCGCAACCUUCGGAAGCGCAGCAACAGCGAACGCAACAGCACCGAGAAGCUGCUGGCCAAGAUGCCGCUGGCCAUACAGCGGGCACUCGAUCCCAACAAGAAGCCGACGCCGCUGGACGAUGUCAUCAGGGCGGCGAGUAUGCUGAAUCCGCAGCAAUUCUCGCUGCCGCCGGAACUGGAGCUACACACCCAGUUUCCGGGCAAUGGCAAGGUGCAGCCCGUCCAGCAGGCGCAUCCGCCGAGCGGCAAUGGAGGGCAUCGCAAGUGUGCGGGCAAUCAGCGCCGCAAUUCCAAGCCCUUCGAGCUGGACGCCCAGGGAUUAGUGCCGCUGCCCGCCAAGACCUGUUUCUACUGCACGCGCUCCUGCAAAAGGGCGCCGCUCAUCUCCUGCGACUACUGUCCGCUGUACUACCACCAGGAUUGCCUGGAUCCCCCACUAACGGCACUGCCAGCUGGAUUGUGGAUGUGCCCCAAUCAUGCCGAGAACUUCAUCGAUGCCAAUAUGACCAAUAGCAUUUCUGCCACGGAGCGGGUACGCCUGUGGAAUCGCUUCCACCAGCCGCUGGAUCAUGAAAACGUGAAGAUGGAGUUCUUCCGGCGCGUCAACACUCGCCACCCGCCGUUCCGCACCAAGUUGAAUGUGCGUGCCCGUGCCCACAUCGAGGUGCCAGCUAUUGUGCGCUACCACUACGAGCAUCCUCCGGCGCUACUGCCCUCCAUGCGGCAGACGCUACGCUACGAUCGGGUGAAGCGGCGCAAGAACCUGCCCACCGAAGUCGAGGAGAUCUCCCGCGAGUCGGUGACCGAAUCGCUGCUGAAGGAUCUGGAAGCACUGCGCUCGGCUCGAGCUAAAUUCCGGGAGAUUCAGCGGGAGUAUGGCACCGUCGAGACAGCGGUGGAGGGAGAUAGCGACAGCGAUCCCAGUCCCGAGGAGCAGGACUCAGAGACGAACUCUCCUGGCGACAAAGUAAAUGGCGGAGUUGAUUCGGAAAAUCCCAAAACGGAAUCUGAUGUGCAGACAAAUGAACAGCCCUCCGUUAUCAAGGUCGAGUCCAAGUCCAGCCUAGAGCUUGAGGUCAGCUUCGAAGAGGAUGAGGAGGACAGUAAGGCAGGCAUUAUCGAUGCGGACCUCUUCCACCUAGACGUUGAUAUUAUCAAGAAGCUAGCACACCAGCGACUGCAACAGCUGGUCGAAGAGCAUCCAGAGAUAGUGACGCAGUAUAAGAAUCGCACGGCCGCCCGCCGACUGCGGCAACUGGCAGCUUCCGAAGGAGCAGAUGUGGCCGGAGAACGCAGUGCUCUCCAGGGCCAAAUGGCGCCGGAGGACAUGAACCGUUUCUCGCUGCUGUUUACCAGCGAAACGUCAUCGAUACUGGCGCAGAAGAAUGGCAAUGCCGCCGACGAGGAUCCCGCAAUGGCCCUGCAUCCUGCGUUGGCCACGGCGGCGGCCAUUGCAGCAGCGGAUGCGGCCGCCGAGAGCUAUGUGCCGCGUGCCCGUAGCGACACGGAGAAGGCCUACGAGUUGGCCUCACGUCUGGAGCUGAAGCUGCUGCAGUGCAAAGUGCAGGCGCGAGCAGUGAUCACCCCCUUGGGCGAUAUGCUCGAAGACAGCCGCUGGUUCAGUUCCCUUGGGCUGGACCACUCGAUUUUCAUGCGCUACCGAACGCUGUACAUUGGCUACGGUGGCCACUACUCGCCAUCGACAACUCUGGCGCAAACGGAGACGGUGGACCUGUCCGCGAUUGGUUACUGCUGCCGCAUCUCGCCGCAGCACGCCAUCAUCUUCUACGACGAGUUCUCCAAGUCGUACGAACUGAUCAACUACUCGGAGUUCGGGACAGAGGUCAACGGGCAACUGUACGCCUGCGACCUGACCGAUAGGAUGCCCACCCACGCCGGAAAGCGAAUGCGAGCCGAUGAUGCGGAGCUCAAGAGGCGCGUUGACGAUCUGCUGGACAAGCGGCGGAACAUUCAUCGCCAGUUCGAGCCCAAGAGAAGUGGCAAAGACAGAUUGGCGCCCAUUGUAAAGCCCGCCUGCCGUUGCACGAACGCCGGAUCUGUGCCGAUGGUGGCUGGAGCUUGGGAGGGCUCGGCUGUGCUGGCCCACGGCAGCCUGCUGCGCUUCGGCUGCUUAUCGUUUGUGUUUUCGGUGCCGUCGGUUGACCUGUUGCAGGCGCAGGCGCGCAGCACGCGUUCGUAGGGCCGAGACAUACCCACCAGCAAAUAGUUUUAGCAUACACACACACACGCGCUCAACCGCAGCCAACUCCAGUGGAGCAGCACCAAUCUCAGUGGGGCAGCUAGUAGCCAGGCCUAGGGUUAGGGUUAGCAAUCAAUUUAAUUUUCAUUACAAUCAUCUGCGCAAUUUUACGCCUGGGCUUUUCAUGUUUUACAUAUUGAAUCACACAAUCCUCCCAUUUUAGUGUUAAGGGCAAACUCGCCUUAUGAUUAAUGUACUAAAUUCGGAGUUGGCUUCUGAUUUGUGUAAAGCUGUACCUUGACACUGCACACAUUUCAGAUUCCCAAACCGCGUAAUUUUUAAAUUAAUCGUAGUGUCCAUUGAUCGUGCAUAAACCACUACGGAUUACACCCCAUUAAUUGUAUUUCUAAUUGUAUAAACUGCAAAAAUGAAAUAAACUUGUAAGAUUUA